CCUCUCCUGCUUGCUCCGUGUGGAAAAGACGGUUUCGGGUGCAAAGUUUGUAUUAUUUUCCUCCUCCGGACGUCAGAGAUGCCCAGUGAGAGAGAAACCGCUGAUGUUGCUGCCGGUCUCCGGUUGUGUUCUUAUCUCCCUGCCCUUUCACUGGGUUUGAGUAGCGGCCUUGAGCCGCCGGUCCCUAGCGGACCUAUCUUAUCAGGCUGCCGGCAGCCUUCCCUGAUACCGUGCGACCUUUGGACUCUCCCCACUAUAUCUGACAUUUGGUGUAGCACUCACGGCGGUUGGCAGGGGCACUAGUAACUGCUCAUUGUGUUUCUCUAACCGGUCACCAUGUGGGAAUCCAACCGAGUGCGGCUGCUAUGUAUGCUCACCCUAACCUUCAUAUUCUUUGUGGUGGAGGUGGUGGUGAGCCGCAUUACCGGCUCCCUGGCUAUGCUGUCCGACUCCUUUCACAUGCUGUCAGAUGUCAUCGCCCUGGUAGUAGGCCUGGUCGCCGUGCGCUUUGCCCAGAAAACCCGCUCCACAGACAAGAACACGUUCGGAUGGAUCCGGGCCGGUGUGGUCGGUGCUCUGGUUAACGCCAUCUUCCUGACGGCCCUUUGCUUUACCAUCGUGCUGGAAGCCAUAGAGCGCUUCACAGAGCCGCAAGCUAUUGAGCAGCCGCUUGUGGUCAUCGGAGUUGGGGCCGGGGGACUUCUCAUUAACCUGAUCGGACUGUGCAUGUUCAGGGACAGUGCCGGGCUUGCCCAUGGGCACGGGCACUCCCAUGGUGGGGGUAGCUCUGGGGGAGGACACGGGCAUUCUCACGGAGCCAAGAAGCCCCACAAGAACCGAGACAGAUCAACAGGAGACGGUGUGGCAAUUGACCGGGAAGAGACCAACAUUCUGGUAGACAACUGCGGGAACUCCCACGGAGUAAUCGCGGAGGGAGCGCAGGGCAAACACGCCGACUUAGAAAGCACAGUAGAACAUCGCUUGAAUGGCAAAGUUGUAGAAAACAAUUCUCCAGAAGAAAAUGAAGAUGGUUCUCAACUGAACAUGCGUGGGGUAUUCCUACACGUUCUUGGUGACGCCCUGGGCUCUGUCAUAGUGGUGGUGAAUGCUUUAGUGUUUUACUUUGUUUUUGAGCCUUGUAUAACAAGUGAAAACUGCAUCAACCCUUGCAUUAAUAACCACUGCACUGAUCACAAAGACGUCAACCAUACCCACUUGGAUGUUCUGAACAACAGUUUGGAGCAUGAGGAGCUCAAACUUGCUGGUCCUUGUUGGGUACUUUAUCUAGAUCCUGCUCUUUGUGUUUUCAUGGUGUGUAUACUCUUGUAUACAACAUAUCCCCUAUUGAAAGAAUCUGCCCUUAUUCUUUUGCAAACCGUUCCAAAGCAAAUUGAUAUUAGUUCUUUAAAAACAAAAUUGCGAAGCUUGGAAGGUGUUGAAGCUGUUCAUGAACUCCAUGUUUGGCAGUUGGCUGAAAGUCGCAUUAUUGCCACCGCUCACAUCAAAUGCCACGAUCCUACUUCUUACAUGGAUGUGGCAAAGCGUAUUAAAGACUUCUUCCAUGAUGAAGGGAUCCAUGCAACAACCAUACAACCAGAAUUUUCAAGUGUUGAAUCUGGAUCGAGAGUUUCCUUGUGUGAGUUGUCCUGCAGAACUCAGUGUGCGCCCAAGCAAUGCUGCGGUAGCUCUGAAAAGAACUCUUCGGGGAAGAAGACAGUUGGUGGUACUCCAUCAUUUCCCAGCUUAGCAGUCAUUAGUGAAUCUCCAGAACACACAUCAAAGAGAACUACUUGUGCUGAAAAGGCUUCUACUGAUUUUCCAAUAGAAGUGGACUCCACUGUUUGACCAGUUCUAGUAAAUAAAAUAAACAAUUCAGCCAACCACUGGGGAAGCAUCCAAGAAGAAAGUAUCCCUGAUGGCGUUGGCAAUAUUAAUUAGAAUGUCUUUAUCAAAAAGGCUAGUUUUUGUAUACUCUGUUAAUGUUGAAAAUUUCUAGUUGUCAUAAUUGCUUUUAUUUUGAAUUGUUACAUUUUUGUUUAGUUUUUGUCCAGGGUAUUUUCAUUGCUGGUGCAGUAAAUUCAUAAAGGACCAUGGCCCAAUUCUCAAAACAACAAAAAAUUGGCUGUCUUAAAAUGUGUCAGUCUAACACAUGACAUUUAAUACAUUGCCACCAAUUCUAUUUUUGCACAUGGUUAUGAAGAACCAUUUUUAUUUUUGCAUAUUGUUAAAUGAAUGUUGCCCUAUUUCUGUGGUGUAUAUGCACCCUCCUCCCAGGAGUAUGGUUGUGUGGCUGUAUUGCUUGCAUUUAUUUUUAAUGGAAGUGUGUUUGCAAGUUUCAUUGUCUCUUGAAGAGACACUGUAUGCACAUGGCACCUUAGUCUAUCGUCUAAGGCAAUGCGCUCACUAUUAAUGUCUUGGGCAAUACAGCCUUUGACUGCUACCUGUAGCAGUAGGGGCUGGAAAGGGGCUACAUAGAUGAGGUAAAUUUUCAUUUAAAUUUGCAAAAAUGAACCAUGUUUAAAUUAAAUGACUUUCCAUAAUACUAUACUCAAAGGAAAUUGGUGGCAGUGAUGCAUUUUAAAAGUAAUGCAUCCCCAUUUCAAAAUAGUUUUUUAUAUACAUUACAAGUAAAGCUGCUAUGGAAGUUUAGAAAUUGUGUGACUGGACACAUUUAGCCAUAGUGUUUUGCCUCCUGCCAAAUUACAAGCGAACUUACAGUUUAUACUUCACAAACUUGAUUCUCAGAUAAUGUAUGUGCACUUUUUCAUAUUUGAAAACACCAGAAGAUCUGGCAAUCCUUUCUAUUUUAUGCAACAUUUACUAAGUUAUAUAAAAACCUAAUGGCACUUUUUAUUUCUUAUUUUAAGUACUGUGCUGAGUACCUAGUAGUACUUUGGUAUUUACAAAGUUACAGUGUAAGCCUUUAAAUGGUGUGUUAAUGCUAAUCUCCUUUUGUCGCAUCCUUGGGAAAACCAAAUUGCAAAUGUUCAUGAAUUAUAGAAAUAAUUCAUGUAAUGUUUACCAAAGCAAGUUAAAAUGUUUUACUGAAUGUACAGAAUUAAAGGCAUGCCCAGCAACAGGCUUUAACGAGAGGUGCAUGUAUACCAUUGUUUAGGGACAUAAAACUACUUGCAUUUAAAGCACUAUUUUGAUCAUGCUAUUAUAUUAUGUCACAUUAACUCUUCUGGCACAUGGAUACAGUUGCUGAUUAGAAUAAUUUUGUUUUACAACCUAUUCUAUAAGCAAUGCGAGGAAUCUUGCCACAUUGUAUUUUGCUUAGUGUGUGUGUAUAUAUGUGUAUGUAUGUGUGUGUGUGUGUGUAUGUAUGUGUAUGUAUAUAUGUAUAUAUAUAUAUAUAUAUAUAUAUAUAUAUAUAUAUAUAUAUAUAUAUAUAUAUAUAUAAUCUCUCUAUCUCUCUCUAUAUCUAUAUCUAUAUCAUCUAUCUCUCUAUAUAUCUCCAACCAUUAUUGUGUGUAUGUAUGUUUUUUGUUUUGUUUUUUCCUCCUUUUAGAUAGGGAGAAAAAAGGACCAACUAUCCAUAAAUAACGUAGUUUCACAUGUUGAGAAAACACUGUUUAGAAAGAUAUAGAUGUUAUGCGUAUAUAUGUUUGAUAUACACACACUCUAUCCAUCCAUGAUGCCUAUGCCCUUCUUGGAAUAAGAAUCCCAUACAGGAAUUCCAGUACUUUGUUUUAUUACUCUGAAAUAAUUCUGCUAUGAACAAGAUCGCCAACAAGCUGUUAGAAUUAUUAAUGUUUCCUGAAUUGUAUUUUGGCCAUUUUUUUUAAUUCUUGUACUUCAAUGGAGUGCUGCUUUGAACAAAACAAUACAUAUUGGGUAAAACACUGUUGAAAGUGGUUUAUAGUGUGAAUUAAAACUGAACAGGUUGUAUCAACUUUGAGUGAAAUUAUUUUAUUUAUUUGGGCAUCAAGGGGAUAAAGCAUAUUCAUAAAAUGAAUUGGUCUUUGUGUAAAGAAAGGAAGGAGGCAAUCAUUGUUUAGAUAGUGUGAAUAUCUAUUUCUGUUGUCUUCGAUUAACCAUAUUGACAAGCUUUUAUGGCUUCUGAUUUAGGUGUGACAAUUUAGAGACUUGGUAUACAUUUUUUAGAAGUAGUAGCAUUAUUUAUAAUGCAUCUUUAAGCCUUUUGAUAUUGAGAUGUUGUAGUUAGCAGUUUUAAGAGCCUGUUUCUUGUCAUUUUCUGUACCAUCUUGAUUACAGCAACAUUUCCAGUUGAAAUAAACUGUUCAAGGUUUCUGUUUUACAAUAACCGCCUUUGUUAUGACCAUAGUUACUUGGAUCUUUAAUUAAAAUUGUGUGCUACUUUCAGAAAAGUGCCUGCAACGAUCUAAAUGGUUUAGUGAAUAAGUAGAACCUCACUUAUUUUUUUUUAAUUUUUUUUUUUUAUAGAAAACCCUGGUUAGGUGUUCAAAUUUUAGUAAAACUAAGGAAUGUUCAAAAUGUACAGUGGGGGCUGUAUGUUUUGUGUAUGUACAUUCAAUGUGUAAUCCUUUUAUAAAAAAUAUCUUAAACAUUUUCACCAAAAUGUCCAGUAUGUUACUGGGCAAAGCUCCCCCCCCCGGCCUUUAAGAGAGAGAAUGUAAGUUGAUUACAUUUACCUGUUCAGUUUAAAUAAAAUCUUGUAUUUAUUGGAACCCUGUAAAAUUAUAGUUUGCUUUUAAAAUGUCCUUGAUGUGCACUUAGCUGUAUAAUGAUGUUAAAUGAUGCAUACAUGGGAAUCUGUUGUACAUCUGACAAACUACCUCAUUAACAAAGUUAUCAGAAGAAUCAUUGCUAAAUGUAUUAAGUUUAUUCUGUCAAUCUGAAGACAAUUGGCUGUAGCUUAUAACAUUAGAAUGUUUCUUUUUGACCAAUAUGGAUAUUUCAUAAAGCACAUUUGUAUUAAGACAAGUGUGUGUUUUUUUUUUUUUUCAUUAAAUGGGAAGUAGUGGUGGAGAUGUUUUGAAGCAGGUUUUUUUUAGAAAUAAAAUUCCGUAGCUCAGAAUAAUCCAUAAAGGGGCUUCUCCCGCCACAUCUUUCCUUUGUCAUAAGCAAUUAUAUACAUUGCAUUUUAUGGAGCUUGAAGAGGGUGAAACAAUUUGUUUAAAGUUUAUGUAUCCAUUUCAUAGCACUGCACCAUGUAUAAGGUUCGUAGGGCUGGUUUUUGGAAGUCCCUCUAUAUAAUAAACAUGUUUUUCUUUGCAAACAAAGGGAAUAUUGUUGACUUUUAUUUUAUGUUUAUUUAUCAUUUAGUUCUUGAAGCCAAGAAAGCCUCUGGUUAACAUUUCUUUUGUUCUUUUUCUGUGAUAUCAAUUGGGUAGCUAUAAGUGUAAAAUUCAUAUACACAAAUGAGAGAGUGAAAUGAUCUGAUCCCCAUCAUUAAAUUUAUAAAGAAUGUGACAGCAAAAUCCAGAAUUUCAUGAUUCAGCUUUAGUGUUCAAUUUUAAACAACUUUCCAAUUUUGUCCUAUUAAUUUGCUUGUGAUUCUUUCCUAUAGAGCAUACCUAACAGGAGCAGCAAUGCACUGUGGGAGCUAGCUGCUGAUUGGUGGCUGCACAUAUAUGCCUCUUGUUAUUGGCUCACCUGAUGUUUUCAGCUAGCUCCAAUAGCGCAUUGGUGCUAUUUCAAAGGGUGCCAAGAGAAUGAAACACAUUUUGAUAAUACAAGUAAAUUUGAAAGUUGUUUAAAAUUGUGGAGAACUGCUGGUCCAGAGCACAAAUGGACGCUGAUCCAGUCGGCAGCAGAAGAUUCAUUAUUUAGCUGUGACUGCCAUUGCUGAUUGGUUCUCUUGACCAGCAGAAACGAAUUAGAGCUCGUAACUUGUUCCACUAUAAUGGCUCUGACCAGCAAUAUAACACACUAACCUUAGAUUUACCUAAGACUACCAACGUAUAUAUUACGCAAACUCUAUAAAACUUAAGUCCUAUUUAUUUUUAUAGAUACUAAAUUGGAUUAUACAAAUAAGCAGCAAAAUUGCCAUAGUUGAAUUUAAAAAGAAUACACAUUAUGCAGCUAAAAUACAAAUGCUUUGAAUCUACAGAAUAUGGUUAUAUUAAAGGAACAUAAAACACUUUUGAUAUUGUAAUAUAAAUUGUUCAGCUAUGAGUAUUAAACAUCAAUGUACUUUCAACACUUAAAGGGACAGCCUACACCUAUUGUUUAAAGGGUCAGGCUCCUCCCAAAAUUUUUAUUGAUUUAAAAGAUAGAUAAUCCCUUUAUUACCCAUUCCCCAGUUUUGCAUAACCAACAGUGAUAUUAAUAUACUUUUUUUUUUUUUUCUUUUUAACCUUUUUGAUUUUCUUGUAUCUAAGCCUUUGCAGACUGCCCCAUUAUCAGUUCUUGUGCUAGACUUGCAUUUUAGCCAAUCAGUGCUGACUCUAACUCCACAAGAGUGAGCACAAUGCUACCUAAAUGACACACAUGAACUGCAGUAUCUAACUGAAAAACUGUCAAAAUGCACUGAGAUUAGAGGCGACCUUCAAGGGCUUAGAAAUUCGCAUAUGAGACUACCAACCAGCUUUCAACAAAUAAUACCAAGAAAAUAAAGCAAAUUUGAUGAUAAAAGUAAAUGGGAAAGUUGUUUAAUAUUUGCAUGCCCUAUCUGUAUCCUAAAAAUUUAAUUUUGACUUAAUUGUCCCUUUUAUUUGUCACAUUUUCCUGUCAUUUAACUCUGAACAUUGUGGUCUUUCCAGUUCUCAUGAGAAUUAGAAAUGCUGUCUUCAAACUUGACAGUGUGAGAUUCCACACUGCCGUGGUUUGCACAAGCUUGAGACUCAUUUAUAGCUGUGCACUUAUUGGCCUCAGCAGCUGAGAUUAGAUAAGGGCAACCAAGAUUAAAAAAGGUUGCACCUCUGGACACUAAAACAUUACACUUUUUCAUUUCUUCAGUAUUUAUACAGUGAAUCUAAUUACCUAUGCAUUGAAUACUUCAUCAUAUGGCACCUAUUUUGUUUAAUGUACCUUUAACCAUAAAAAUCCUAGUACUGAAUAAAUUAUGGAAAAUCCAAACUAAUCAAACAAUGCUCUUAGCACACAGUAGCCGGUAUGACAAGCAUACAUUUACAUGGAACCAAACGAAGUGUAAAUCCAAAUAUUCUGGUCAAUGCAAAGGAUCCCAAAAGGCAUCCCUUACUCUAGCUACUGCCAAAGCUAUUCAUCUCACUGGAAGCUUUUCCCACUCAUUAAACAGAUCGUGAAUACAAUUUUAAAAAUGUUUUUCCAAUUUUAUUCUAUCACAUUUUCUUUGCAGUAUUUGAAUUAUGAUAGAUUUAUUUUUUUGGGGGGCGGGGGAUUAAAGGGGGUUAUGUCCCUUUAAGGUGUUAUAAAAUGCAAAUAUUUUCCUUCAUCAUUCAGAAGGAGCAUACAAUUUAAACACUGCAGUGACUGUGGUCACGUGGCAAGCAAAUGUACUUUUCUACUCUAGCACAAAUUUAUUGGCCCCUCCUUUUUUUUACAUUUGUAUACCCUUGAUAACAAUUUAGUAAGGUGAUCCGAGUAUCAACAGUUGUCACUUAGCUAUUUGCAAUGUUAUUUACUAAAACCAUAACAAAAAUAUACAUUUGUUUUAACAUUUUUUGUUUUUGUCGCUGCUUUCUCACAUGCAAUAAAAUAUAAAAAUUGUUGUAUAUUAAGAA